AUGGCGGAUCAAAGCAUAUCUGGUAGGGUUACAAGAGGUAUCCCACAUACUCUUCAAAAUUUAGAUUCCCCUUCUUUUGAUUUGGGAAUUUCUCAGCAACAACAUGAUGUUGAUGCAGCUUCUGCUGAGAAAUUGGUUGCUGAAAGGAGAUUUAAGAAAAUCCAUGAUCCUGCCAGAAUCAGAAAUUCUUCAACUGUUAAUUUGGAAAAAAAAAAAUUUGAUACUGCCACAAAGACGAGAAAAACAUCCGAUGUUGCUUAUAGUAGCAAAGGGAAGAAUGUUGUAGAGACAGAUACCGGAGAACAACAAUUAAUUAUGAACAAGCAGAUGCAAGUUGACACCGAGGUGCAGGGUCAGUUAUUUAGGUGUUUUAUGGUUAGGGAGUUGAAGCGUAGUAAUAGGGAUGCAUUUGUUAUCGAUAUUAAUGGGACAGAAUUGACAUUCGGUCUUUUUGAAUUUGCUUUAAUUACUGGUUUGAAGUGUUACGGGGAUGAAGUUUUUUUUGACGAGGGUCCUAACAGAUUGUUGGAUGAAUAUUUUGGUGGUUCUGGUAAUAGUGUUUUAAAGAUGACUUUAAAUAAGUGCUUUGAAGACAAGGAUUGGGGUGUUGGUGAUAACGCAGAUGAAGAUGCUAGGAACGUCACAGUCCCAAGACAUCAUUUUGACUUGGUGGAGAGUGAACGGUACAAUGAAUAUACAUGGGGUAAGGAAGCAUUUGAUGAUUUGAUUAAGAGUAUUUACCACAAGAUGGACAAGCCGAAGCAGUUUUAUUGUCUACGAGGUUUCCCUUUUGCUAUGCAAGUGUGGAUAUAUGAGUGCUGCUCUAAUGUUGACCCUAAUUUAAUGGUUAAAACCGGAAGGCGAAUCCCAAGAAUGUUUAAUUGGAGAACAGUGAACCAAAAGUCAUCUGUUAACUACUUGAUGUUGGGCAUGUUUAAGGACGGUGAGGACAAUUGUUGUAAAUUCAACAACAUUGUUCCGACCAUGUUAGAGGUUGAGAAGCUUGGUCUGCGUGCAUACCUGGUCAACAGACUUGCACCACCACCCCAAACACACCAAGAGGAGGAAAAUGAAUAUGCAAAUUUUUCCACAACACCUCCCCAUGUUGCUGUUGCCAAGAAAACUCAAAAGAACGAUGCUUCAAAAUCUCCACCGCACAAGAAGCCUAGGAAGAUGUCGACGGCAGCAUUGCUUGUUCAGAAGUCACCAACCAUGAUCCCAAAAAAAUCUACAGUUGGACAAUCAUCUAAACAAUCUGCUUCGGUGGUAGAUAAGUCGGUUCAAUCAAAGGAAAAAGAAAAAGCUGCUCCAAGUGUCCACCGCGUUCCUGUUGACGACGUAUCCACCAGCAAAUCAGUUGACCUCACAAGUUUGAGGCAGGAACUUAAUCAAUUUAAGCAGGAAGUGUUUGCUGAAUUCAAGGUUGUUUUUACUGAGCUCAAGGUUGUUUCUACUGAGAUCAAGGAUCUUAGCAAAAUUAUUGAUAAAAUUUCGAAAAGUGAGACUCAAGAUCCUUUACAUGAUGGCAACAUACAUCAACAAGCUGGUGAUUACAUGGACCAUGGUGACGAUAUUCACAUGGAGACUGAUACGGGUGAUGUGCAUCCAACAGAGAAGGGUCUUGCACCGGAUAUUCAAGUCGGUAUUGACAAUGAUAGCGGCGAUACGCUGAAAGCUUCAACCGAAGAGAUUGUGGAAGGAGGUGAUCUUUCAGGAGAACCGAAGACUUCGGUUGAACGUCCGGCUGAUCCAACAGAGGAAAAGGGUCUUGCACCGGAUAUUCAAGUUGAUAUUGGCAAUGAGAGCGGCGAUACGAUGGAAGCUUCAACCGAAGAGAUUGCAGAAGGAGGUGAUCUUUCAGGAGAACCGAAGACUUCGGUUGAACGUUCGGGGAAACAUACUGUGGAAGAGCAAAAAUGUUCUUAUGAUUCAAAUAAUUCCGAGAUGAUCGUACAGGUGCUAGAAAAUAUAGCAGAAUCAGUAAUGACUAACGAACAAUUUCAUGCGGAAAAAACCGAGGAAAACACCAGCUCAACUGUCUUAGAGGAACCCCAUGCAGCAGUUUGUAACGCGCAGCCGUUGUCUCAGUGGUUGUUGCCUGAUGAGUAUUUACCAAGCCAAACCCCAGGAAAAGAAAUCAUGUUUCAUCCAUCAGUCACACGAGCUACACGCCCCAGUAGUAGUUCAGGCAAGGGUCAUGUUCAUGUGUUUGAUAAAAAAUAUCCAUUCCAGAUAGAUCCCAUUACUGGUCCACUUGAUGUCCAGAUGGUGGAUGAAUACCGUACUUGGUUUCGAAACGGUCUGCUUGUGAGGCACGAUAGCAAAAAGAACUACGAAGACCAUUACAAAAAAAAAAUGACAGUUUUUGACAAUGGAGUCAAAUACAAUUUUGGCAUCACAACUGUCAAUGAUAAGAACUGGUUUUACCUGUUAUCGAUGGAUAGUCAGCUUUGGAAUGACGAGCACAUUGACGUCAUUUUCUAUUACUUUCGGAAGAAAGGAAAGUAUGAUAAAAGGAACAAUUUCAGCUUCACCACUGUUGACUGCCUAUUCAAGCAGAGAAUUGAUGUGGUCCACCACACAUAUCGCAAUGUUGAAACCCAGACAAAUGUGGCAAAUGAAGAGCAAGUAUUGAUUGAGUAUGUUAAGAGCCACAGGCUUAUUGCCAAUGUCCCGUGGCAUACGGUUGACAACGUGCUGAUACCGGUGAAUAUACAAGAAGAAAAUCAUUGGUUAUUGGUACUCCUUUCAUUCAAGGACAGGGACUGUGGUGUCUUUGUGGCAGCGUAUGUUGAGUAUUUGACAUCGGGUGAAAGGAUUCCUGAUGUCAUUGAUGCACACAUGCAGCGUAUGAGAUACGGUGCACUCUUAUGGGACUAUGCUGAAGGCAAGGUUGCUGACAAAGCAGAGAGUGAUAAUGAAGUUCCACCAAGACCGAUUAAGCCAGUAAUCGAUUACGAUACUGUAGAUGCAAUUGAUGUUCGAUAA